AUGGACUCUCCAUCGGGCGCCUCGUUGGCGCCCCCGGCUGUCACCUCUCUGAGGGUUCAACAAACCACUGCCAUGGAGAGAUCUUUGAGCCAGGACAUCCGGGAAGAACGCGAGGAGCUCCGUGAAGCCGCCGAGCAGACCCUAAACACCAUCGUUGACCUCAAUCUCGAUGGCACCAUCAAAUGGGUCAGCCCGUCAUGGACCGACGUUGUGGGGACACAAUUCGAGACCGUCAACGGUCUCCCCAUCUCCGACUUGAUAGUCAGCGACAACAAAAACGUCUUCACCGAGGUUGUCGAGUCUAUGAAGAAGGAUGACUCUCGAAGCCACCGAGUCCGUUUUGCCGUUCAGCUUGGACCCCUCUCCAAGUUGCUUACAAUCGACGACCUCCAAGAUGACACCGAGAACCAGCAACCACAAACUGUCGACCUUGAAGCCCAGGGAAUCAUGGUCUAUGACAGUGUUUCGGGUGGUGAGAGCCACACUAUGUGGAUGCUGCGUCCUUGGAUCGCUCCUCGAGAGAUCAAGAUUGACCUUCCCAAUGUCAUUGUUAACUCGUUAGGCUCUGGGGCUGAGGUUUUGGCAAGCUAUCUGACUCAGCUUGCUGAGAGUGGCCUUGAUGAGCCUGAGCAACAAGACCCCCCACCCCCGGUCCUCUGCCGCAUUUGCGAGCGUCAGAUUCCCCGUUGGUGGUUUGAGAAGCAUACCGAUCUCUGUCUACAGGAGCAUCGAGCUGAGAUGGAUGUACAGAUGGCCCAGGAGAAUUUGACUGAGCAUCGGCACUCUAUCGUUAAAGUCCUCGACGCCUUGGAGGCUCGCAAGAGUCGAUCAUUGGCUGGCGACCAAUCCUCGCUCCCCAUUGCCGAGUACAAGGGCCUGCCUAUUGGGCCACCGCCUUCAACACAAUCGUCACCUGGCAGCUCCUUGCCUCGAUCAAGGGAGCGUUCUGGUGGACUCGGGCAUACUAGGGCACGCUCGUUCGCCGUCCGCCGACCCCAGGCCCGAAUUGUCGAGCUCCUCAUGGAUCUCUGCGAUACUGCCAUUGAAAUCAGCACUCCUGCCAUCAAGGAGUCUUCGACACAGCACAACAACGGCGAGUUCCGAACCCAGUCGCCGCAAUCGGAAUCACGAAUAUCACAGGUUCUACAGUGGCAAUCCCCAAGCACAAACACGUUGGAGCAGGAGCAGGGCCUGGCUCUUCUGUGUGCUGAUACGGAAAAGGUCGCUCGAAACAAGGUCGAUGCCGUCUUUCGUCACAGGAAGAUUAUCGAAUAUGCCGAGCGUAUUCGAAUCGAGCUGGCGUGUCUCGUCCAGGACUGCAUUGACGAAGCACUGAGGAAGGCAGCUCGUAUUGCCGCUGGUGACCUGACAGAUUCCACAGAGGAGGGAGAAGAACUGAGCCCAGAAGAGUACGACCAAUGCGAAGUGUGUGAUGAAGACUCUGUUGCGUCCGAGCCUCGCGAGAAUGAGAACUUCGCCGAGCCGUUGAAUAGCCCGUCUGCACUGGCUACAGCCCUCCGUCAGAUGGAUAUAUCCGACAGGAAGAAUCGUUCACGGCCGACUUCGUUCAUUGCGUCUACCAGAUCCAGCAGCCCCAAGGAGUGCCCUACCCCAAGGUCCCAUCUCGGUGGCUUAAGCAACCUAGGGGCUCAGGCGCGAGACACGCGCAGAGACUCUCUUUACUUAGAAGGCGAACUUGUCGAUAGCGAAGGGAGUUUCCGAUCGUCAUCGGUUGCAUCUCGUAACGCCCCCAGGACCGAGUCUCCUAUCUCCGAGUUUGGGGACCUUAGGCGUGCUGCAAGCACACGGAGACGUCACCGGAGAAGUCUCAUUCUACCUGGCACUUCGUCUCCUCACCGCCAGGAAUCCCCUUCCAGACCAGCUCAACCAUCUUCCCCCUUGCGGAUCAAGGCCCGGGGAUUCCCCGGGUCUCAAGAAGGAAUGGUAUCCCCAGAGGCUUCACCCAUGCUUCCUGGAAGCGAUUUCAGUUCCCCUGCCACGCACCCUCAUAGACAUCACAGAAGACAGUCUUCAGCAGCCAUAUCCGACUUUGUCAUGAAACCACCACCUUCACCCCGUUUGGGCGCCGGUGCUCCUCCCCAGCCUCGUCCAACGCAGCCCUCGAUCAAGGACUUUGAGAUUAUCAAGCCCAUCAGCAAGGGCGCUUUCGGCAGCGUCUACCUUUCCAAGAAGAAGUCUACAGGGGAGUACUUUGCAAUCAAGGUUCUCAAGAAGGCCGACAUGGUUGCCAAGAACCAGGUCGGCAACGUCAAAGCCGAACGUGCCAUCAUGAUGUGGCAAGGAGAGAGCGAAUUUGUUGCCAAGCUCUACUGGACAUUCUCAAGCAAGGACUAUCUCUAUCUUGUGAUGGAAUAUCUGAACGGCGGCGACUGCGCCUCGCUCAUCAAAGUUCUUGGCGGGCUCCCCGAGGAAUGGGUGAAGAAAUAUCUUGGUGAGGUGGUCUUGGGUGUCGAGCACCUCCAUAGUCGCGGCAUUAUUCAUCGUGACUUGAAGCCUGAUAACCUCCUCAUUGACCAGAAGGGCCACCUCAAGCUUACAGACUUUGGCCUUUCUCGUAUGGGUUUGGUUGGCCGACAGAAGCGGGCGUUGAAUAGUGAGAACUCGGACGGGACACCAGACUUGCUCAAGCAAGGACCAUUCGCUCGAUCUACGUCUAUCGCAUCCUCAAGAUCUACUUCCCUUGACUUGCAUGGGCCUGCUCAUUCGCCCAGCGCAACACCCCAGAUGACACCAGAGGUUGGCAGCUUGGGGCAGCCGUCCUAUUUCAACCUCAGCCAGGAGCCGCGUCGAGUGUCGGGCACCCAUCGAAGUGAUAGUGGCGGUAGUGAGACACUCGCACACAUGGUUGCCAACUUCUCCUUGAACGAUGCCGAGACCGCCUCUCAGCCCAACAGUAUUAAGUCACCACUGGAUGAAGAAGUCAUUGCCCAAGGAUCACCGGAUUUGCCACCGAGCGUAAAUACGAGAAUUAGCAUGGACAGCCAUACCAGGAAUUCCCUCCCACCAUCCAACAUGAUGCCCCCUCCAAUGGCCUUGUUCAACCCCGAAGAUACCAACCGACGCUUCGUGGGCACGCCAGACUACCUGGCCCCCGAAACCAUCAAAGGUGACAAACAGGACGAAACUAGUGAUUGGUGGUCUGUUGGUUGUAUUCUCUUUGAGUUUCUUUACGGUUUCCCCCCCUUCCAUGCUAGCGAGGCUGAGGAAGUCUUUGAGAACAUCUUGGCGCGAAAGAUUCAAUGGCCGGACGAGGAUGAGUGCGAGCUGGUGUCUGAGGAGGCCAAGGAUCUCAUCAACAAGCUGUUGUGUAUGGAACCCCACCAACGGUUGGGCUCUAAUCGCGAGGACAAAUUUCAGUCUGGCGGCGAAGAAAUCAGGAAGCAUCCCUGGUUCGAUGAAGUGAACUGGGACACGCUCCUUGAGGAUGAGGCUCAGUUUGUGCCUCAGCCAGAGAAUCCUGAGGAUACGGAGUACUUUGAUGCCAGAGGUGCGGUCCUGCAGUCUUUUGCGGAGGAGAUGGAGGACCAGACAUCCCCACCAUCUUCAACUGCCGGCUCCGAGUAUGCUGAGCGACCUCAUGACGCAUUGUCACGGGUUAGGUCGCAGGUCAACUCGAUCAGUCGGAAGCUCAUGCCGUUGCACAUCCCUCCUCAUGUACGUGACCUCAAGUCGAGGCGCCUGAGUGAACCAGUAGCGAUGGACGACUUUGGAUCAUUUUCAUUCAAGAAUCUUCCUGUGCUAGAGAAGGCCAACAAGGAUGUCAUCCAAAAGCUGCGAGCCGAAGCUCUCGCCACGCAGAGCAAGCAAACCUCCGUUAGCCCCGGAGCUGCAAGCAGCGUGAUAUCUCCUUCACCUUCGCUCGAAGGCAGCCCCGUGAUGUCGAACCCCAUUUCGAGGACCAUAUCCAAUGCCAAGGCGACAACCCGAGCCCAGUCGCCAUCUGGCUUCACAAACGCCUCUCCAAGCAGGGCCUCUCAGCCAUCAUCCCCCUUGCUCGUCUCAUUUGUGGCUGGACAAGGGACGGAUGGGCGCAGAAAGGCGUCAAGCAACUCCUCAAGCCUCUCUCACCAAUCGACAGCGGCAUCUCUGCAGGCCGGCUCGGCAUUUGAGAUUCCCAAGGUGCCUCCGAGCUUGCAAAAGGCUGCCACCACGGUUGCAGCAACAACUUCGUCCCCUGCCAAGGGCCGUGGAACAGCGCCACCUCCACUAUCUCUGUCGCCCCAGAAGUCCAUGUCCAUAUCAACACCACGACAGUCGAGCAAUUCAUCGGCGGGACGAUCGAGGUCACUUACAGUGGGCUCACAGUCCCAAGACGGCAGUCCUGUUGCGACAGAUAUUUUGCAUCAUCACCGCAACCGCAGAAGCCAGGUGUUUGACAUGUCUCCAUCUUCGUCAGACAAUGAAGGCGAGAAGCACAACGCCCUGCUUAGGGUACAGCGACGCAGACAGAGCUCAAGGCGACUAUCUCAGAUUGCUUUUGACGCUGGACCUACCUUCCGGCCAUUGGAUGUCUUGAUCUGCGAGGAUCAUCCAGUUUCACGCAUGGUCAUGGAGAAGCUACUGGAGAAGCUUCGAUGCCGAACUAUAUCCGUACCAAACGGCUCUGAGGCAGUCCGUUACUCGAUGAGCGAGAUCAAGUUUGAUGUGAUCUUCCUCGAGUAUCAGUUGCCACAGAUCAACGGAGCCGACGUUGCACGGAUGAUCCGGGAGACAAAGAAUGCCAACUCGCACACGCCAAUCGUGGCCAUCACGGCAUAUCUGAAGGAGCUUCAGGCGCCUCACUACUUUGACUCACUGAUUGAGAAACCCAUCAGCUCAUCGAAGCUGACGGAAGUGCUUCGAGGGUUAUGCCAAUGGCGACCCGAAUCCCCAGGACAAGGUUCAUCUCUAGGCAUGGUCCGACCGGUGCCCAUGGGGAUCAGGAAAGCCAAUGCGCGCUUAGAGGACAGCCCAACGUCGGGCUCAUCCAUCUUCGCGGGACGCCUUGGGACAGCGAUGAUGUCGAGCCGUGAAGAUUCGAUCAGCUCGUCCCUGUUUGGCGACUCGGAAUCAGUGACGACAGACGAAGUGCCAGUCGUUAUCAGCCGCAAGGCAACGAACGAAUGGGACGAAGGGGGCCUGAAUAUCACAACGGAUGGCGACAUGAUUGAGGUAUCGAGGAAAGCAAUGCCUCAACUUCUAGCGCAGCAGUCAGCACCGGCACAAAUGGAGCACCGACCACGAGCCAGCGAUAAGCUUAAGGGAAAGAGGGACGGAUCGGAGCAAAGAGUGCUAGAUGGUACCGAGUCUGCCGAUGAUGAGGACGAGGAACUCGGGAGCGGAAGGGAGAAGUCGCUCGCACGCAACAGCCAGCAGAUCCUGGGCAAGACAAACCUCCCCAGUUCUAAGCUGGGAAUCGAGAUGAUGCGGGCGAAUAGCCACGAUAGCUUGACGAUGGGAUCAGAGAGCACUCCCGAGGCUGUAACACAAGUUGUGACGACACCAUCCAAGGAGAUGGAGAUGGGACUACUCGACGGUGGAGUGCUUGCGCUAGAAGCGACAGCGCAGACACCACCUGAGGGGGGAUCCAAGAAGGAAGGGGAGAUAGACGGAAGCGACAAGGACGGGCCUGACAGCGUGGACGCUACACCCCGGCCGUUGACGACGAUGCGGGUGGAUGGCGACGGCGGUGAAGACGAUGAGGCGACACCAAGGCCAGCCGGGAGAUGACGAUCUCUUCCCUUAGCAAGGUCGGGCAAGGCAAGGCGACGCAGCAGCUGUAACAUGUUAGAAACGGGGCAUGUUGCAGUAUUUUGGCAUGGAAGACGAUGGAUGUUUCUGUUGUUGUGCCUAUUAUUUCUUGAAAUUUCCUUUGUAUCUACGAAAUGCAGCGUGGCGUUUGAGCGGAGACAACUGAGCCAAGUUGAAGAAGAGCUGAGCUGAGUGGACAUGGAGGCUGUCUCAUUUUCAGCGCACGAGAUUGUGCGGGGAAGCGAGAGGAGGAGAGAUGAGAAAGCAGGACAGGGGCAUGGAUGCAGGCGAACAGACUGAACUCGCACAAGACAUUCAAAGAGUGAGUGAUUGCAUCUGGCGGUAAAGGAAAGGAAGGGCAUUGGAGUUUCUUGACUUUAGUUGUCUCGUCAUUGCUGGGGAGAGUUGAAGAUGAUGCAUGUAUGGGCAGAAACAAGACUUGGACAAUCAAACUCACAAAACAAAAAAGGGACAAAAAAAAAGAAGAAAAAGGGCACGUCAUUGGGACACAGAUAUGUUUCAUCAAGAGUGAUUGCAAGGAAUAUGGGAGUUGUCGUGGUAGGGGUUUGAUGGGUCUUUUGAUGGCGAUGGUGGCUCAGAGUGACGAGGAGGGAGUCGGCGGAUCAGCACAACAUCAGGGUUUCCUUGACGGCGACCUUGUUCGUUGCUGUAUCACUGUUGCCGCUCAUUCACGUCUCGUUGGGUCGCCUCGCUCUGCCCAAGGUACAUGCGAUGGAUUACAUGUUGUGUUGUACUAGAGAUUCCAAACAAGCAAGAUACAAACCUCG